ACAGUUUAUGCUCGAGUGCCUAGGAGCAUCAUGGUUUAUCUCGCUCUGCUGCUUCUUUGUCUCGAAGGAGCUCUUCCACGUACGGCAGGUAAGCGUUCAGCGCGCGCGUCACAGGCUGCCUUUACCGAGCUUUCACUCGCAACCCUUGCAUGUAUAUACACAAGCUGCUCAGUUCAGAAGUGGUGAUGUGCGUCUGGUCGGUGGCUCCUAUCAGUGGGAGGGACGAGUCGAAAUAUUCUUCAACAGAUCAUGGGGCACUAUCACUGACUCUGACUGGACCAGUGAAGAUACACAGGCUGUCUGUCGCACCAUGGGAUACUUCAGACCUGGGUCUGUAAAAUAUACUGGAGCAUACUUUGGGCAAGGGAGUGGCCCUAUACACUAUGACCACAUUGUGUGCUCUGGCAUGGAAUACAACUUGACUGACUGUGAGACAGGGACAGGAACAAGACAGAGCAGCCAUGACGAGGAUGUGGGAGUCAAAUGCAACACAAUUGAUGACAAUUAUCGCAACGGUGAAAUUCGUCUGGUGGGAGGACCUCACAACUGGGAGGGUAGAGUGGAGAUAUUCUGGAAUGGAAUAUGGGGAACCAUCAGUGAUGCUGACUGGGGUAUGUCAGAAGCUCAAGUUGUGUGUAAACAACUUCAACUACCUUCGGAAGGUUCAGUGCCAUCCCCCUAUGGUCAAGGCAGCGGUGUCAUUAGGAUAACAUCAGUCACCUGCUCCGGAUCUGAAGAUAAUAUUACACAAUGUUCCCUGUCAAUGGGGUCCUCAUCAAACCAUCAGAAUGACGUGGGAGUCAAAUGUGGAAAAGGUGCUGACGACAAGCAUGGAGAUAUUCGUCUGGUGGGAGGAUCCUAUAGCUGGGAGGGGAGAGUGGAGAUAUACCUCGAUGGAGAAUGGGGUACCAUCACUGACGAUGACGCCGAUGAUGUUGAUGCUCAUGUAGUUUGCAGACAACUUGGUUACGAUACACACUAUGGUUUUGACAGAAGCUACUAUCUGGCUCAUUUCGGAGAAGGAGUUGGAACGAUACAUCUCAACCUCUUGGGCUGCUCUGGCACUGAAUACCGACUGAUUGAAUGUUACAGUGUCUCUAGUUCAUGGGCUCACAAUGAGGAUUGGAGUGUUUCAUGUCUUAAUGAUGUUCCUGAACAAGGAGAAGUGAAGCUCUUCUACAGCAGUUAUUAUAGUUACUACUACAGGGGUCUGCUUCAGGUAUGGCUGAAUGGGAGAUGGGGAGUGGUGUCUGAUACAGCGUGGACAAUUGAAGACACAAAUGCUGUGUGUCGCCAGCUUGGAAGGAAUGGU